GCAGCGUCUGGAGCCCUUCGACCUUAGUUUCUUUUACCAAUUCUACUUUUUCCCUUCUUAAUUUUACUUUAAAGAAGCAAUGGUCGGUGUCAAGCGUCGUGUUGACGCUGGGGAUGAGCGUGAUGGAAAAAGAACCAAAGUCAAGGAAAGUUCCGCUUCGAAGAAGUCCAAGUCUGCGACCAUGAAGAAGACUGUUUCCAAAUCCGGGUCAAAGAAGAGCUCUAAGCCUGCGAAGGUGGACAAGAAGGCUAGCAAGAAGAAGAGCAAAAAGGAAGUUCAAAAGGAGGAAUCAGAGGACGGGGAUGAGGAUGAUUUCGACAUUGAUGAUGUUUCGGAUUCCGCAGACGAUCUCGACGAGGAAGCGGACGAUAUUGAUAUGGAGGAUGCGAGUGGUGAUAUCGCAGAGAGCGACGAGGAACAAUCGAAGAGUGAUGAACCUGUGCCCAAGAGUAACAACAACAACAACAACUCUCGCGAAUCGCAUGCCAAGCAAAAAGCCCUUCAGCAAGAACGCAAAGCAGCAAAGCCGAAUUCCGAUAUUAUCGAACGUUCGAAGAAGCUGUGGGAGCGUCUGCGCCGCAAGUCUCAUGUACCCCUGGAGGAGAGAAAGAAGCUCAUUGCCGAGCUGUUUGAGAUCGUCACUGGACGCGUAAAGGAUUUCGUGUUCAAGCACGACUCGGUUCGAGUCAUUCAGACUGCCUUGAAGUAUGCCAACAUCGAACAGCGGAAGCAGAUUGCUUCUGAACUGAAGGGCAAAUAUCUCGACCUGGCGCAGAGCCGGUACGCCAAGUUCUUGGUCGGGAAGUUGAUUGUGCAUGGCGACGCCGAGGUUCGGGAUACAAUCAUCCCGGAGUUCUAUGGCCAUGUCAAGCGAUUGAUCCGCCACCCUGAAGGGUCUUGGAUCCUGGAUGAUAUCUACCGGACCGUUGCGACGAAGGAACAAAAGGCACGACUUCUCCGAGAAUGGUACGGAGCGGAGUUUGUGAUUUUCGAGGACACCACCAAAGAUCAAUCGGCGGAUCUCUCCAAGAUCCUGGCAGAGCAUCCGGAGAAGAGGGCGCCCAUCAUGCGUUAUCUGUUUGAGAUGAUCAACCAACUUGUGCAGAAGAAGACUUCUGGCUUUACUAUACUACACGACGCUAUGCUGCAAUAUUUCCUUAACACCAAACCUGGGAGCACCGAGUCCAACGAGUUUGUCGAGCUAUUGAAAGGUGACGAGGAGGGCGACCUGGUCAAGAAUCUGGCGUUCACCAAGUCUGGUUCGAGGCUGAUGUCGCUGUCGUUGGCAUAUUCGAACGCCAAGGACCGCAAGUUGCUGCUGCGCUUUUACCGGGAUACCGUCAAGAUGAUGGCCGGCGACUUGCAUGGCCACACGGUUCUUCUGGCGGCGUAUGAAGUCGUGGACGACACCAAGCUGACGGCCAAGUCCAUCUUCUCGGAGCUUCUCAACCAAGGCUCGUCCGCAGAGACACGAAACGAAGAGCUACAGUACCAGGUCACCGACCUGACAGCACGGAUACCCAUCCUGUUCCCGUUUGCUGGCGACCGGGUCAAGUGGCUCCUGACGGAGACCGACCAGGCGGUGUUGGAGGAGGUGCGGGAGAUCCGCAAGGAGACGUCAAAGAAAGACCCGGAAACGCGUCGCCAGGAGCUGGUGCAAGCGGCGUCGCCCACCCUACUCGAGUUCAUUGCCGCUGCUGCGGACUCGCUUCUGGACACCAGCUUCGGCUGCCAGUUCGUCACGGAAGUGUUGUUCGACGGCACGGGAGACAAGAGCGCCGCGCUGGGCGCGAUCGCUACGGCAGCCAAGUCCAAAGCGGACACACAGGACGCCGCCUUUGUCGGCCGCUUGCUCAAGUCCCUUGUGCAGGGCGGACGGUUCAACAGUGCCGAGAAGAAGGUCGAGAAGGUCCAGCCGGCGCUCGACUUCCACACCCUACUCUACGCGCAAAUCAAGGACGAGAUCAUGGCCUGGGCGACGGGGUCCAACACGUUCGUAAUCGUUGCGAUGGCCGAGUCGGACGACUUUGCGCAGCGCAACGAGCUACUCAAAACGCUCAAGAAGAACAAGAAGGCCCUUGAGAAGGCUGCGGCCGUCUCUGAGACCGGCAAAGAUGGCAAGAAGAAGAGCGGUCCGACAGCGAGCGGCGCCAAGUUACUACUGGAGAAGAUCAAAUAAACAGUAGUACUACAUAUGAAGUAGUAUACCAAAAGUCUCUGGGGUUGGAUUGUUUGAGUUUCUUUUCGUCGGAGUUUCCAGGCAUUUAUUAUCCCCUGUUAGACACCGAAUUUGUACAGUCUAGAUAACUAUACCUACAUCGAUGCAAUUUUUCCUUCAUAUUUUAACCUCUUUCCCCC